CACCUGCGCGCGCCGUAACUAUUAAAGUAGCGCGUGAAGGCUGCGGGAGUGAACUUACUGUAAACACUCCAGAAUAUCAGUUCCUCUUCAGCAACAAGAACUGUGCAGAUCGAGAUCAGGACAGUGAACAGUGUUAAAUCUGGAGCAGAAGAGCAGGGUUGGACUGAGUCAGCAGCAUACUAUCUAUGUAUGAAACAUGGGCAGAGACAGGAAGUCUGGAGUCGGUGUCACAUUUCCUGGAAGAAGAAAAAGCAGCCUGGGCACCCACAAGACUCAGGCCUUGCUGACACUAACAUAAAAAUGCUAAAUUUUAAAGAUUAAAUGACUGUACUUGGAUUUGUCAGAAAAAAAAAUUAUGAGAGAGUAUUUUGAGAUAUGAUUUAAAUAUGAUGUUAAGUAGUAACUGUUGAGGUGUAAUGUGUAAUUUUUGCACUGCUAGUGUCAUGGAAUUGCAAAAAUAACAGCUGUUUAAAUAGUGUUCCCUAAAGGGGCGGUCACACUAGGCUUUGAGCAUGCAAUUUUUUUCGUACAGUGCAAUGAACCUGGAUAUGAUGUCUCAUGGGAGGGCUUCUGGUGUAAAUAAAUAAUACAUCACAAAUAACAAAUAAUAUUAUAUUCAAAAUAUUAAAAUAUAUUGUCUCACUUUCCUGCAACAAUAAAUAUCACAGCUUUGAAAUAUGUAUCCUUUGAAUUGAGCCAAGUGGUCAGCGUGUGACGUUUUGGUCUCCUACUGGUCAAGCGUCCUUUUGUCAUACGAAUUCACGGUUCAGAGUUCACCAAGCUUGAAAUUUGGUCGCAAUGGAAGAAAGGUGCCAUGUGUCGUUCCUGGCAGGCUACUCUCUGUUUAGGAUUAGUGUAGGUUGGGGGGCGGGGCUAGGCUAUCUUCUGCCUGCCAGGAACAAACCGUGGCCCCUAUGUACAAUGGGCAUCUCUGGUAUGCAGCUUAGAACAAAAUUGGUUUGCAUGAGCUUGCAUUUCCGCUCUGCUGCAUUUGGAUGUGUUUGAAUGGGAGUGAAAGGAGCGCAAAGUGUAGUGUGACCACCCCUUAACACUCCCUGUUAUUCAUUGGUCAACAAACAGAUAGUCCUGCCGAAAACUCAUUCCAUUUAGCCAGAAGUUUACAUGUCAGGCUGGUCUGGAUACUCAAACAAACAGAGAAAAUUUGAAAGCCCCACAGAUUCACAGUGUUUACCCUUUUCGGGGAAAUCAGUCUACAAAUGUCUUAUUUCUAAUUGUCUCUGCAUAUAAAGUUGGGAUAGGAGAAAUUAUUUUAACACUGAAAAAAUGAUAUACAUCACCUUUUUACUUUGUAAUUCCAGACAUUGUGAUACUACUAUUGCUUGCCCAUGUGUUACAUUGAUUUGACAGUCUCAUGAGGUCACAGCUGGCAUUUUGUAACAGAUCUUUGACUGGAAAUUGGGUGAAUGAAGGAUGAUGCCACUUCAAGGGGCAAGUUUUUGCCUCAGGCCUUACUUGGAUGUCUAUGAAAGCCGGCAGUGUCUUCAAGAGGCCCGCCACCCAGACACUGGCAACGAAAUCCUGUCAGGCAGAUUAUUUAUGAUGCAUCACAGUUUUACCAUUGCUGCAAUUCAUGGGACUUCUGUGAUCUUUAGAAAGCAAGCAUUGUGAUGAUGAAUGGACAUUAACUCAUUAGCUACUGUAAAUAUUAGUGUCACUGUACAUAGUUUGACCUACAUAUCGGCCAACACAUUUUUGAGAAGUCCUAAAUAAAGACAUUAAAGGGACUAUUCACCCAGAAAUGAAAAUUCUGUCAUGAUUUACUCAUUCUCCUGGCAUCCCAGAUGUGUAUGACAUUCUUUCUUCUGCAGAACACAAAUUAAGAUUUUUAGAAGAAUAUCUCACCUCUGUAGGUCCUUACGGGUGCCAAAAUUUUGAAGCUCCAAAAUCCAAAUAAAGGGAGCAUAAAAGUACUCCAUAUGACUCUAGUGGUUACAUCCAUGUAUUCAGAGGUGUGGUUGAGAAACAAGUCAAUAUUUAAGUCAUUUUUUAUCAUAAAUUCUCCUCCUUGCCCAGUAGGGGGCGAUAUGCACGAAGAAUGUGAAUCACCAAAAACAGAAAUAUUGAUCAGUUUCUCACACACCUAUCAGAGAUAUUCUUCUAAAAAUCUUUGUUUGUGUUCAGCAGAUGAAAGAAAGUCAUACACAUCUUAGAUGGCAUGAGGGUGAGUGAAUGAUAAGAGAAUUUUCAUUUUUGGGUGAACUAUACCUUAUAUAAGGACUUAUAUCUAACAGGGGUAAAAAUUCAGCUGAUUAUUUCCUCACCAGUGUGGGAGGUAGAAGCUAGUUUUAAUUGCAAUGAUUUUAUAGUGUCAUAUUAAGGUAAAUGUUUCUUUUUAUUCUCUAGAGGCAGUAUGGAGGAAGCAGAACUGUUAAAGGAGCGCCUUCAAGCCAUUACGGUCCAUGAGAGAUAUGUGGCUCAUGGAUGGGAUGAACAACAAUAAUGCACAGGAAACACAAAAAACUCUUGAAGAUGCACAGCAAACCAAACUCCUCAAGAGCACCAUACACCGGAUAGAGAAAGAGAUUGAAGCGUUGGAGAGAGAAGAAAUGAAUAUAUCAACAAAUGAGGGCUUGAUUCUAAAGAGGCUCAAAGCCAUUGAAAAGUAUCCAGAGGAAAUUAUAAAGGCAGCAAAUGCAGAUUUCAUAUCAGCAUUGUUUGCCAUGGAGAUUAAUGUUCAGAAGGACUUGCGCACGGGUGAGAGCCAAGUCAUCUCCACCUCUACCAUUUCUCAACAAGAGCUUCAACAGAGAGGCAUCAAAGUCUACGAUGAUGGCCGGAAGUCUGUCUACGACCUGCGCACAGUUAGGCACCAGCCUGGUGCUAAUGGAGUGGAUGAACUAAGUCCCGUAGAGGUCGAGGAGCUUCUACGACAGGCUUCUGAGAAAAAGAAGAGGUCCAGUCUGGUGCAGACAGACACAUUAUAUCCCUACAGCCCUUCUCAUGGCAUACAAUCAGCUCCCAGCAAGCCCCAUAGAGACAAUGGAUACCAGGAUCCCUACAGUGUAGACUUGUCUGCAUGGCCUGAACUAGUGUACAGUGAUUGCGCUCAUUAUCAAGAGGAUGCGGGUCAUAGACUUCCUCUCCUGCCCAUACCCAAUUACAAUGACAGACAAGACGACUACUAUCUCAACAGCAAAGGGAACAGCUACGGCCAUGAGUUAAUUAGAGGAGAUUAUGACAAUCCAAGUGAGAAGCUCAGAGGAACUCUGCACAUAGAUUCUGACAUCAACAACCACAGACCACUCUCACCCUACUCAGAGGACUCCAAACUCAGCGUCCUGAACACCAUGCCAUCGGACGAGCCCGUCACCAUGAUCUUCAUGGGCUAUCAGAAUGCAGAGGAGGACAACCAAAGCACUGAGGGCUCUGUUCGGGCAGAAUUGGUGAUCAUUGGAGAUGGUGGGGAUGACACCAGGAGAAGCUUCCACCCUCAUCUGAACUCCAAUGCCAACAAUGCCGCACAUUACCGGGCCAUAGGCCAGGGGGCCAGAUGGAAGGGCAAGGGAGAUGGCAUGGAGAACCCGUCAGCUACAGCAUUACAGAUACAGAUGGAGAAAUUGGGACAAACCGCAUAGUGCCCAAAGCAUGCAACAUUCUGGGACAAUCUCGCACCAUCGUCCAAGCGGGCUGUGAAACGGAGAACUUAAAUCAGCAUGUUGGUCUUCUGAAAGUGAAAUGAGGAUGCACAAACACACACAAACACACUUGCACAUGUAAAUGUAAACGUAAAUGUAGAAUGAAAGAUACGUGUUAGCAGUUUUAUGGUGACUCAAUUCAGUAUUAGAAGAAAUGAAUUAACUAUUUUUAAUAAAUAAGAUAUUCAAUAAAAAGGUUUUGUCAUGUGUAAAUUUAGUGUAAUCCAGAUGCCCGUGAAAUAUACAGUAGUCGCUUUAUAUAUUAUUUGGACACUCUUGACACACUUAAAAAUGUAUGAAUGUAAUUUCAUUAGAUAACAAAAUAUCAAACCAAGUGGCAUUUGUUACAAUGAAAGUUAGCACAUGCACUCUUUUCAAGCACAUUUCACAAAAAGAGGUUUAAGUUUUAAAUGAUUAAAACAUAAAAUAUAACAUUAGAAAUACUGUUCAAAUUAACACUUUCUGGUUGUCAAACUUUCAUACAUCCACUAAAAAUCAAUUCAUAGUAAUUAAAAGUAAUUGCAGAAAUGGCUAAGAAAAUAGAAGAUCUUGCAUCAGUUGUGUGCACAUCAUUCAUUUGGCUUGAUUUUUUCUCAUCUAACAUGCAGUUAAUUCAUAACUAUGUAUUCAAAUACUUUUGAGGUCCUGUAACAUUUCAUGGUGCUGUCAGUUUCCUUUAUACACAUCAUUUGAGGACAAUUUCAAUAGUGCUUGAAAAAAAUUACACACACACACACACCUUCUGUUUAUGUUAUAAGACUCAUGUUUUAAAUGGCAUUAAAAGCAGAGAUUAAUGAAGACAAAAAAGGAAGAUAUUAAUGUGUCACAAUCACAAAUAGCCAAAGAUACCAGCUGAAGUUUACUGUGGUCUUCUAGCAAGUCUAACCACAUGACACUUGUGUGUAUAUGGCUUUGACAGCUGUUUUAGACACAGCUAUUAUCUAUACUAAUGGAGAAUGUAUCUGUCUUUCUUGUGUGUGUUGUGUUCUUUCCAUGUCCUUUUUUUUUUAUAUCAGAUUUCCAUAUCAGUGUCCUCUUUCACAGCCCUUAUUCUCCAUAUAUAUGUAUGCCUUUCUCUAUUCUCUGUUUAUUUAGGGAAUAGUUGUUUCCUUUAUUAAAACAAUUAACAAAAUGUCAGACAAAGAAAUAUUUGUUGUUUUUGGUCUCUCUACAGGUUUGGGAAAGUGAUGGAAGAGCGAUGUGGACAGUACAUAUCAAAAUACUAAAUCAGAUUAAAUCAAAUCUAUUAAUA